AUGCAGGGGUGUAGGUAUCCGCGGUACACAUGGUUGGACAUGCUCUACGAGCUGCUGUUCCGCGAGCAAUGUAUGCUUCUGCUGAUGGCGGAUGCUGGUACAUUUGCGAACCUGGAUAAGGAAUGUUACAGUGUUUUCCGCGAAAGAUUGAAGAUGUGUGCGAAGGUGGCUGCCCAGUGCUUGAUUUUGGCAAUCGGCUUGGGCGCGAUCAUUGUUGCUGACUCGAGACCUUUAGGAAAACAACUUCCAGACGAGGCUACGAUGCUGGCAGAGGCACGCGCUGAAGAGAUGACCAAAACAAGUGGUGCCUAUGAUCGCCUUGAGCAUAGGUGUCUAGCAGAGCUGAAGGAUCGAUGA